GUAACCGCGACCACUUGUAUCCGCUACUGACUGAUAAAUGCAGAGUUAUCAGGGUGCUUGCAACAUGAUCUCGUGCCGUGUUUUCGUAAAUCAUCUGUCGAUUAUUUUAGUCAUCGCUUUAAAUGCACUUCUAAUCGCAGGUGUGCAGCCUGAGCUUAAAUUAGUAAAUGUGGUAUUCAGACACGGCGAUCGAACGCCUGAUAAUAACGGUCGUGAAAUGUUUCCGAAGGAUCCAUAUAUAAAUUACUCUUUUUAUCCAACAGGUCUCGGACAGUUGACUAUAGAGGGUAAAAGACGAGAAUAUAAGUUGGGCCAAAUCUUACACUUUAGGUAUAAUAAUUUCCUGGGCAAUCUAUACAAACCAAAGCUUGUCGUAGCUCGUAGCUCAGAUUUCGAGAGGACAAAAGUGUCCCUGCAACUUGUUCUUGCUGGCUUGUUUCCGCCGAUUGGUGUCCAACGAUGGAAUUCUCGUUUAAAUUGGCAACCGAUUCCAACAUCGUACACGCCACGUGUCGAUGACAAUCUUAUCCUGGCUGACGAGUGUCCACAAUACCUUAAUGAAUACGAUCGAGUAUUGAACUUGCCUGAAGUGCAAGCAAAACUAUAUCAAUUCAGAGAUUUAAUGAGCAAUUUGACAAAGCUAACUGGCAAGAAAAUAAAUACGAUCUUCGAUUUGUAUUUUCUUUAUCAAACUUUCGUAGCAGAGUCUUCCUUAGGAUUGCCGCUUCCCGAAUGGGUGUAUAACUAUUUUCCUUAUGGUCCAUUAUUCGACGCAAUGGUGGCCAUGUACGAUAUUACUAAUUUCACUCCUUUAUUAAGAAGAUUGUUUGCUGGCCCGAUCAUUCGUGCCAUGACAGACAAUAUGAUAACCGCGCAAAAUGCGAAUUCGCCGGACACAAAGAUUUAUUUAUAUAGUGGUCACGAGACCAACAUUGCGAGUUUAUUAGAAGCUUUCGGCGUGUACGAGCCGCAUGUACCCGAAUAUUCCAGCGCAAUUAUUAUGGAAUUGCAAGAGAUCAACCAAGAAUAUUAUGUCAAGUUGCUGUAUUAUCGAGGCAUUCCGCCAACUAUCAAGGAACUGAAAAUCCCAGGUUGCGAUGUGCUCUGUCCUUUCGACAAGUAUUUGGAUCUAAUUGAAGAUCUGAUUCCGUCCGAUGACGAGAUGGUUUGCGACAAAAGGCAGACACCGGAUUUUGCCGACAUAGAAUAUCCUGCCGGUUUGCAGAGAAUUAUGUACAACUUGAUUAAGACAUCAGCAAUGGAUAGAAACACAAUUUUCAGAUUAGGUAUCAGCAACAUGAUGUCGUUCUGCAUUCUCGACAAUUAUUUGUCGAUAGCAGUAGUCAUCGGUCUAAACGCGAUUCUGAUCGCAAGUACACAGCCUGAACUGAAAUUAGUUAAUGUGCUAUUUAGACAUGGCGAUCGAACACCUGAUAAUAACGGUCUUGAAAUGUUUCCGACUGAUCCAUAUAUAAAUAAUACAUUUUUUCCGACAGGCCUCGGUCAAUUGACUAAUCAAGGCAAGAAACGCGAAUAUGAAUUGGGACAAGUCUUGCGCAGCAGAUAUAAAGACUUUCUGGGUGAUUUGUAUCUGCCGAAUUUGGUCGUGGGUCACAGUUCGGAUUAUGAUAGAACAAAAAUGUCCCUGCAACUCGUUCUCGCUGCCUUGUUUCCGCCUACGGAUGCUCGGCAACGAUGGAACGCUGAUUUAAACUGGCAACCAAUUCCGACGAGAUAUAUUUCACGUGUCGACGACAAUUUCUUCUUGUCUGACGAAUGUCCACAAUUCCUCGACGAAUACGAUCGUAUACUGAAUUUGCCCGAAAUAAAAAAGAAGAUCUCCCAAUUAAAGGACAUGAUGAGUAAGUUGACGGAAUUAACCGGUAAGAAUAUCGAGACACCUUGGGAUUUGUAUUAUUUGUAUCAUACUUUUGUAUCGGAGUCGUUCAUGAAUCUAACCCUUCCCAAAUGGGCGCACGAUUAUUUCCCUGAUGGUCCAUUGUUCGAUGGAAUUGUACUCGCAUAUAAUGUUUAUAAUUUUACUCCUUUAAUAAGAAGGAUUUUUGUUGGCCCGAUGAUUCGCGCGAUAUUGGACAAUAUGAUAGCCGAAAAAAAUUUUAAUCCAUCGGAUACGAAGAUUUAUUUGUAUAGUGGUCACGAGAGUAACAUCGCGGCGAUGUUGUACGCAUUUAAGUUGUAUAUGUCUCAAAUACCUGAAUACUCUAGCGCGGUUAUUUUAGAAUUAUUACAGCAAGACAAGCAGUAUUACAUAAAGUUUUUAUAUUAUCGGGGUAUUCCGCCGAUCAUCAACGAGCUUCAGAUCCCAGGUUGUGAAAUACUCUGUCCUUUCGACAAAUUCUCGGAUCUAAUUCGGGAUCUGAUUCCGUCCGACGAAGAAAUGGUUUGCGACAAGAGGCAGACUCCGGAUUAUGCUAACACAGAAUAUUCUGUCACGUUACAGAGCAUGAUGUAUAAUUUAAUAAAGGAAAAUCAAUUUAAUAAAGAACGAAGCAAUAACGCAAUAAAGCAUAGCGCCAAUUAGAAUGUUA